ACAUUUGAAUAUGCAAAAGCCGAGAGAGGCAGCGAGUGGCGACCAACCGAGAGAGCCAACACCCUUACACAAAUAAUAACAGGUUUACUUGGGUGUCUACACUGCGUCGCGCUUCGUUCGUUUCUACCAACGGGUGGACUUCCCUAAUUCCACGCAUACAUGUCUCCCGUCCUCUCUCGAUGCUGUCAUAAACACAACACAACCUCGUACAGCCAGAGUCGUUUCAGUCCCAGCUAGGUCGAUCGGGACAGUUUUAUAGACUAUUAUACAAGUGUAGGUAGUCCAGCACAGGAGCGAAUACUACGGAGUAGACCUACACUGUGAGCGACAGUAGGAGGAAUUUACUAGUUCACAAUAGAGAGGAGUUGCCGGGCCGCAGUGGAUAGAGUUUUACGAAGACGGGGCGGAAAUACGAUUCGUGCAGACGACACAGAGAAGGUUGACAGCCGACAAGUAGGGCCGGAUUGUGACAGGCAGACGACAUUUACAGGUGUGGCGGUCGGAUACGUUUAUAACUACCCACCUAUUGCUCACUUGGAAGGAAACACAGAAACUCUUCUUCAGCGUUUUCUUCUCAACUUUACAAAUAAUUAAUCAGUGUCUUAUCAACUUUAUAAAUAAUUAAUCUUUAUUAUCUUACGGUUAAAAUAAAUAAAUAAACAAGAAAAAAAAUGACCGAGGUGGAUCUUAUCGGGCAGCAGGCGCGGUCCCGAGAGGGUAGGGGCUUCGCGGUGAAGGGUGGGGUGGGCGACAGCGACAAGUGGAUUACCAUACAGCAGAACACGUUCACGAACUGGGUGAAUCUUCAGCUGCACGGCACGGAGCUGCACGUGGAAGACCUGCACACUGACCUGUGUGACGGGGUCAAGCUGUGCGCCCUGGUGGAGGCCAUUCAGAAGAAGAAGGUGGGCAGGGUGAUCAAGAAGCCCAUGAACCAGCACCAGUACCUGGAGAAUGUAAGCCUGGCGCUGAAUGCCAUAGCCCAGGAUAAUGUCAAGCUCGUCAACAUUGGAAGUGAAGACAUUGUGAACUCGAACAAGAAGCUCAUCCUCGGUUUGAUAUGGCACCUCAUCCUGCGCUACCAGAUCGGCAAGACGAAAAUGCCCCCGAAGAAGCUGAUGUUGGCGUGGCUGCACGCCGUAAUCCCCGACCGCCACAUCGGCAACUUCACGUCUGACUGGAACGAUGGCGUCUCGCUGCAUGCACUCAUCGACUACUGCCAGCCUGGUCUGUGUUCCAACUGGAAGUCACUCAGUCCAAAUAACAGACUGGAAAACUGCAGAGAUGCUAUGCUGCUGGCUAAACAGCAUUUUGGGAUUCCGCUGAUCGUGCGUCCGGAAGAUUUCUGCAGUCCUCACCUGGACGACCUGUCGGGUAUGACAUAUCUGUCGUAUUACAUGAACGUAGACUCUCCAGGUUACAACGCCACAAAGAGGAAUAUCAACGUGCUGCUCAUGGGGUCGCCUGUUGACAAUUUCACAACUGACUGGAAUGACGGGCGUGUCUUGUGUCAGCUGGUGAAGAAUCUCGGGGGGCGGGUCAAGGGCUGGCCACACCUCAGCAACAACCCCGAGGAAAACAUCGAAGCAGGUAUUGAAGGGGCUAGGGGUCUCGGCGUAGAGCCCAUACUUUCUGCCAAGGAGAUGUCUGAAGCUGAAGUGGAACAUUUGGGAAUCAUGGCAUAUGCGGCAUACUUCACCCGAUUAACACCCGUAAAGUCUCUUGCAGAAAAGGCUGUUAUUGAUGGAAAUUUCGCAAAUGUGUAUGUCGGUCAAGAGAAAAGUUUCCGUCUGAACAUUGAUGAUGACGUCUCGCCAGGCGACUUCCGCGCCGAGGUGAUCGGUCCAGACUCGCUGCCUGCCGUCCACCUGAACUGGACCGGUCAGACCGCACACGCGACCUUCACCCCAUCCGAGACCGGCCAGCACAGGCUGAAUGUGUACUGUAAUAACGACCCAAUAGCUGGCUGUCCUGUGAGUUUCCGUGUCUCGUCCGACCGGUCUAAAGUCAGUUUCUACCCCGGCGACAGAUGUGUUGUUGGACAUCCCACAGAACUGAAGGUGGACACCUCAGCCGCUGGACAGGGUGACGUGAGGGUGGAGAGUCGAGCACCCGGCGGUCGGUCCAUGAAUCUGCCAGUGACGUACAGACAGGGCGUCUACACAGCCAACUUCACACCAGCUGAAGUCGGAGAAUACCUGAUUUCUGUUCACUAUGAUGGAGACCACAUCAACGGCAGUCCGUUCACUGUGAACGCGUUUGAUCCGAACGCUGUACGUGUGUACGGACUUGAAGGUGGAUCUGUGGGACGCGCUCUUAACUUUAACGUUGACAGCUCACAGGCCGGUGUCGGGGAUCUCCGAGUGGCCGUCACGCACGAUGGGAUGAACAUCCCGUGUUACACAACGUCAGAGGGCGCCGGACAUCACAAAGUGGACUUCACACCCCAGGGAGCAGGGAUGUACAAAAUUGAUGUCUAUUACAACGAUGUAGAGGUCAGAGGUUCACCGUACACUCUUGAAAUCGUUGACUCGAGUUUGGUCACAGUCAGUGGUGAUGGUCUAAGCUUGGUACCAGUCAAUCGCACCGCCGUCUUCAACGUUCAGACUCGCGGUGCUGGAGCUGGCAACAUCGGUGUGGAGAUUACCUCACCGUCUGGUCAAAACAUUCCAGUAAGAAUCUCUGGCACCAGUUCCCAUGGCUAUACAGUGGAAUACACACCUAGAGAAAUAGGAACUUACACUGUUCAAGCCAAUUUGGCAGGUGUGCCUAUCAAGGGAAGUCCAUUCAAGGUGAAGUGUUUUGAUCCCAGUCUUGUCAAGGUGUCACAGAUACCAAAAGGCAUUGUUGGAACACCUUGCAAGUUUAUCGUUGAUGCCUCCACAGCAGGGGAGGGAACUCUUGAAAUUGCUGUGAGUGCUAAUGGGCGGAACAUCCCCAACCAGGCCCGGGCUAUUGGGGGAGGUCGCUUUGAGGUGACCUUUGUAGGGAGACAGGCCAUUCCCCACCGGGCCACCAUCAAAUACAAUGGACACCAUGUACCAGGCAGUCCGUUUCAGAUAGACUUUAUGGAUGCGAGUCAGAUAACUGCCAGUGGAGAUGGUCUGAGUCUCGUUCCAUGUCACAGACAGACCCACUUCAACAUACACACCCCCGGGGCUGCCCUCACUGACUUGAGCAUCAAAAUCACAGCCCCAGAUGGCCGAGAGAUUCCUGUGCGAGUUAAGGACAAGGGAGAUAAUAGUUUCCGUGUGGAAUGGAUGCCAACAUCAAUAGGUGACCACCAGGCUGUGAUAGAGUAUGCGGACAUGCCGAUUCAGGGAAGUCCGUUCACCGUGAAGGCGUUUGACGUCUCCAGCAUCAAGGUGUCCACAAUUGGACAGGGACUUCUGGGACGACCUGUCUCAUUUACAUUGGAUGCCAGUGAGGCAGGUGACGGCAAUCUAGAGAUUCACGUGCUCGCCGAUGGGGAAAGUGUUCCCAACUAUGUCCGACAGGAGACGGACACCUUGUUCAAGGUCUCCUUCACGCCUCAGCGAGCCUGCGUUCACCAGGUGCAUAUACGCUUCAAUGGAGAACCCGUGCCUGGCAGCCCAUACCCGUGCCAUGUGAUGGACAGUGAUUUGAUCACGGUGUCCGGGGAGGGACUGAAGAUGGUGCCGGCCAACAUGCUAGCCAGUUUCAAGGUUGACCCACAUGGCAUCGGAGACGGAGAACUCAAGAUUAAAGUGAUUUCACCGAGUGGCUACGAAGUUCCCGUUCGUAUUUCCGGCAACUCUCAUUCUUCAUACAGAGUCGACUACACGCCAUCUGAAAUAGGAGCGUACCAAGUGCAGGUGGAGUACGGCGGAGCGGAGGUCAAGGGCAGCCCAUUCACUACCAACGUGUACGACCCGAGACUCGUUAAGGUCCAGUCACCUGGACGAGCGUACCUGGCUAAACCAAUACACUUCCAGAUUGACACAACGGCUGCUGGGAUUGGAGAGCUUGCUGCCGAUGUGAAGUGUCGUGGCAACGCGGUCAACUGUCAGAUCAAAGAGGUCGGGCGUGGUCGCUACGAGCUGACCUUCACCCCUCGGGAUCUGUCCACACACAUUGUGACAAUAUUCUUCAAUCAGUACCCAUUACCAGGCUCGCCAUACCACGUUGAAGUGAUUGACAGUAACAGCGUGACGAUGAGUGGCGAGGGUCUGAAGAUGUCACAAGUGUAUCGUGAGACCUGGUUCAACGUCGACCUACACGGCAUGGACGAGAGUGACCUGGCCGUACAGAUCACCAGUCCGUCGGGUCAUGAGAUCCCAUGUCGUCUGACCUGUAAAGGUCACGUGUGUCGGGCGGAGUUCACCCCGGUGGAGGUCGGCCCACAUCAGAUCGACGUGCUGUUUGCGGGCACCAGGCUCCACGGCAGUCCCUUCACCAGCCACGCCUACGACCCCAGUCUCGUCAGAAUCACCGACGUCGACCGCACGGCAAAGAAAGAACGCGAAAUCACUUUUACGGUGGAUGCCUCCGCGGCCGGUAUGGGGGAUCUGGAGGCAGUGGUCAGUCACCGGGGCCACGUGGUACCCACGUACUGUGAACAUGUUGGUGAUGGAAAGUACAGAUACACGUUUAAACCACGCGAGAUCGGACACUAUGAUGUCAAUGUCAAGUUCAAUGAGGAACAGAUUCCAGGUUGUCCCCUUAUCAUCAACGUAGAGGAGGAAGUGCCGACAUUCAUCACGAUCAGUUUCCGGGGCCAGGAGCCUCUGCAGACCAAGGGGAAGAACUACUUCGUCUUACACAUGGACGGAAAAACAGUUGACAUGGACGAGCUGCAAGUCGACAUCAAAGCUCCGAGUGGUGAACAGGUUCCUGCUAGACUAGUUCCCCAGCAGGACGGGAAUUACAAGGUGGAGUGGACGCCAAUCACGGCAGGACGUCAUACCGUGGACGUGUCGUUCGCUGGCCAGCAGAUCCAAGGCAGCCCAUUUUUCAUUGAAGUGUUUGACAUCAACAAGAUCAAGGUGGAUAACUUCUACAGCGGCAGUGUGGGAGAUCCUGCUGGCUUCAGUGUGAACACAUCCCAAGCCGGUCAUGCGGAACACAACAUCCAGGUGAUGAGCCCAUCCGGCCGCAGUGUUGCCGUGGAGACAGUCGAGAACCGUGUUGGGGAGUUCUCCGUCACGUACACGCCCAGUGAGAUCGGACCUCACAAGAUCUACAUGUCGUUUGGUGGACUCGAAUUUCCAGGAAGUCCCUUCACACAGGAGAUUGGGGAAGGUCUUCUACCGACUGCACAGGGUGAAGGUUUAUACCAUGGGGAGGAAGACAAGCCUGCCACCUUUCACAUCGAGUCAAGCGGCAUGGUCGGGGAACCCACCGUCAGUGUAGAUGGACCGAAUGCAGUUGCGAAAUGCAGCAUAGACCCCCAGCCCCAAGGUCGGUACUCUGUGACGUACGUACCUGUGGAAGUCGGCAUGUUCGAUGUGCAUGUCAUGUGGAACGGCAAGAAUAUUCACGGCAGUCCGUUCCACCCGAAGGUGGUUAACCCGCGCAAGGUGCAUGUGGUGGGCGGCUGGCAGCACUACAUGGACUCGCAGGAGCGCAUCCUCCUCACUGUCAACAAUGAGAAACAGAUCCCCUUCGACUGCUCCGACGCUGGGCCAGGUAAGCUGCGAGCGGAGGUGAAGGGACCGACGGGCUCCAUCCCGUGUCGUGUUGAUGACCACAACGUCGGAAACACUGUCGUCUGCUUCACACCUAGGGAAGAAGGAAAACAUCAAAUCCACGUGCACUGGGCAGACAUUCCAAUCAGUAAUUCUCCAUUCCUUGGCUACGCUAGCAGCACCACUCACGACAUCUCCAAGGUGAUCCUGACAGGCAGGGGACUCAAGGAGGCCAUUGUGCGAGAGGAGGCAGAGUUUAUUAUUGAUGCAUCACAGGCUGGUUCUGGAGAUCCAGAAGUCCAGCUAACAGGGGUCAAGGCUGAGGUCAGCGUGUUCGUGACCCCUCUAGGUGGUGGGAAAUACCGCUGUACCUACAUACCGACGAUUCCUGGAGCCUACUUGUUACACAUCUCGUGGAACAGCCAUCAGUUGCGUGGCUCCCCCUAUAAAGUGAACGUGAUUGGUGCAUUUUAUCCCAACAAGGUCAUUGUUGGAGGUGAAGGUCUCAAGGGCGGGUUGCUGGGUCGUGACCUUGACAUCAGGAUUGACACCCGUAAAGCAGGACCAGGUGAGCUGGCAGCUUACUGCAUGGGUCCGAACAAAGCAGCAUACUGCGAGCUGGAGGACAACCAUGACGGCACAUACCGGCUGUGUGUGAAGGCGCAGGAGACCGGGCGCCACAUCCUGCAGGUCAAGUACGGCGGGGAGCACGUGCACGGAAGUCCAUUUGUGUUCCGAGUCUCGGCCCAACCAGAUGCCAGCAAGGUGCGGGUUAGUGGGCCUGGCGUAGAGGACGGUAUCCUAGCAACGUUCCAGAGUCGCUUCAUUGUGGAAACCCGAGGAGCUGGAGCCGGGCAGUUGAUGGUUCGAAUCCGGGGACCGAAAGGAGCGUUUCAGGUGGAGAUGUACCGUGACAGUCAGAAGGACCGCACAAUCCUGUGUCGCUAUGACCCCAUCGAGUGUGGCCUCUACAUCGUCAACGUCAGGUGGUCGAACGUCGACGUGCCUGGCUCACCCUUCCACGUGCACAUCGUUGACACGCAGGCUGAGCUAGAGCAGUGUCUGCAGGAGGCGUCCUACAACAGCACGCUGCCCAGCAGUCGCUCCGGGUACUCCCAGUGGAGAGAAGACAUUUGAGAUGUGGGCACUCAGUCAUUCAGGGGUUUUCUCACCGUGAAGGGUUAUGGGUUUUUUGAGAAAAAAAACCCAUGUGAAGUUAGUGUUAUUUUCAUCAGGAACUGUUUUCAGAAUAACCGAUGUUUGUAGUGUUGUUUCCAUUACAAACUGUUCUUGAAACUAUUAGUGUUGUUUCCAUCAUGAACUAUUCUCAGAAAUGACAUUUUUUUUUGUUAUUUCCACUGUAAACUUCUUGGAAAUUAUGGUGUUAUGUAUUCUCUGAAAACACAUUUUUUUCAGUGUUAUAUUUCUAGUGUAAACUCUAAUAAUAAUAAUUAGUCAAACCAAUUAAUGCGCCUUUACUUCUCAAAAGAGUAAUUUCUGUAAAACUAAACAGGUAAAUUGUGUGACAAAAGCUUUAUCGAAAUCACAGAAAUACUGACUCAAACUUUGUAGUAAAUUUGUACCACCGAUAUGAAGAGCUCUUUAGUUCAGUAUGUAUAAUAAGAAUACUCAUUUGGCAACAAAAGAAUGUUCUAUGCAAAUUUUACUCCUUUUUUUUUCUUUUUUUUCUUUUUCUGAUUUGGAUGCAAGUAGGGUAUCACUGGUUGUAGAUUUUUCUGUAUUAUUUCUCUUUGAAAACAUCAUCAAUUUUCUUUGUAAAUUUAUGCGCGAGCCACUAUCACAUUUCACAUAUUUAAUAUGUAUUUUUAUGUGCACAAGCCUUUAUACAGAGUACCAUAUAGACAACAUUCAGUGGCAAAAGAGAAUUUAUUUCAUAGAAUAUUUACAUAUAUAUAUAUCAUAUUUUGCAGUUUGUGCUUAGUAAAAGUGUUUACAUACAAAAUAUUCAUAUACACACUUGAUGGAUAAAAUAUUUAAUAUUUUAUACACCUGUAAGCAGAAUUUUAUGUUUGUAUGUUUGUCUUACAUGUUAUGAAAUAUGGCAUAAUUUUUUUUGGUGAAUGGAGGCCUAUUGUUAAAACAUUUACAAAUACUUAUACUGGAUAUAUACACAUAUAUAAAUACUAUUUUGUAUAUUUUAUAUUUUUAUUGUAACAGAGAACAUAAUAUAGUCACAUUUAUAUAAAAUGUAAUAUUCAUUCAUGUUUUUAUUGCCUGUAGCUGUAUAGCAACAUUAAGAACAGAAAUAUACAUGUAGUAAAAUUUAAAACAAAAACAUGUUUUAACAUUUAUGUUUUGUUCAACAUUUUACCAAAAACAGUAGUGUUUAAAAGCUAAAUCUUGGAUCACUGGAUUAAAUGUUUUUGUUUAUGAAACAUCAAUCAACCAAAUUCAUACCACUGUUCUUAAUGAAAUGAUACGGUAUAUAUAUAUAUAGAGAAUACUAUAUGAGUGGCCAUUAGAUACCAUUUA